AUGGUGACGACUAAGUUUAUUGACACCCCGGAAACAGCCGUUGACACGGCGGUUAGGGCGCUUUGCAUGACGCGGCCACACUUGCAGUUCAUAGAAAAUACACAUGUUGUGGUGAACCGCAAGAUUGACCCAACAAAGGUCCUUAUAGUCUGUGGAGGUGGUGCUGGACAUGAACCAGGUCACGUGGGAUUUGUUGAUUGUGGCUGGCUUAGUGCCGCGGUAUCUGGAGACGUCUUUGCAUCGCCCCCCACCAUCCAUGUAACGGCUGCCAUUGAUUAUUUGCAUGCCAAACAAGGCCCUAAUGGCCCCGGGGUUCUUGUUGUUGUUAAGAAUUAUAUGGGCGACAUUUUGAACUUUCAGUUUGCCGUUCAUGAGGCCCAAACGAGGGGUAUAAAUGUGGAGAUGGUGAUGGUAGCGGAUGAUGCGUGUUUUGGCUUGGACGAUAUCAAUUGUCGUCGAGGUAUUGCGGGAACAAUUCUCCUGUACAAAAUUCUUGGGGCAGCUGCACUGAAGGGUGAAAAUAUGGCGGCAUUGAAGCAACUUGCCGGUCGUAUAUCAAGUGGAAUGCGCUCCAUUGGAGCGUCCCUUUCCUCCUGCUCGCCCCCUGGGUCAAAACCAUUGUCGACUGUGCCGGAUGGCCUUGUCGAACUGGGGCUUGGCAUUCAUGGUGAAAAGGGAUUGUACCGGAUACCAUUUGAAGGAGCAAAGACGCUUGUUUCCCAUUUGCUUGGGAUCUUGCUUUGCGGUGGGAAAAAGCGCGGUGAGCAUAGGGAAGGAGAGACUGAGAAGGAAUGGAAGGGAGCGAAAGUGGCACUUUUGGUCAAUAAUUUGGGCUCAACAACGGAUAUUGAAAUGGGGAUUCUCACACAUCAUGCUUUAAAGCAGUUGCAGCAGGCUGGUAUGGAUGUGGUUGGUGUAUCGGUGGGUCGCUACAUGACAGCAUUGGAGAUGCAUGGAUUUUCAUUUACAUUGUUGCGUUUUUCUAAUCAAGAUGAUAUUGCCUUCUUGUUUGAUCAGCAACAGACACCACUUUUACCGUUUACCGUUCCGCAGUUCUCUAUUUCCCCUGCUGUAGGGCCUCGCUCUGCGCUACAGUUGGCGCAGGAAGAAAAAUGUGGUUUGCAGUGUAAUGGUCUAUUGGGUCGAGUUCUUGAAAACGUUUUUGAAACCUUAAAGAAUAGCAAAGAUUACUUGAAUGAACUUGAUGCUGCGGUCGGUGAUGGAGACAUUGGAAGUGGGACGACGCGUGCCUCCAUAAAGGCAUUGGAAAUUCUCCCGCAUCUUCCCUUGGAAACAAACGUGAGUAAAGCAUUGGUUUUGCUUGCGAAGGCCGUGGCGGAUGUGUUCGGUGGCUCUUCAGGGCCAUUAUAUGGGGCCUUUCUGCUAGGUGCUGCUUCUGCAGUCGCUGAGACGAUGUGUCGAGACGGUGCGAGCAGCGUGGAUGCUAUCCGGGCGGCGUUGAGGGCUGGUAGUGCUAACAUUCAGCGCGUUGCGCGAUCCAAGAAGGGGGAUCGCACGAUGGUGGACGUUUUGGAGGCACUGAACGAAAACCCCCAAGUGAAUGACGCCAACUCUAUUCAAGAAUUAGCUCGCGUCUGUGUUCCAGAGGCGAAGAAAGCCGCCGCAGCCACGGCAUUGUUGCCUGCAAAACACGGCCGGAGCCGCUACCUGCAAGGGAAGGAGUUGGGCCAACCGGACCCUGGCGCCGAGCUUGUUGUCCUUUGGAUUGAGGCCGCAGCAAACACAGUUCUGUCAGGGGGUAAAUUGUAA